AUGGUAUCAGAGUAUAUUACUAGAUUGACUGAAUCCUGGAUUCUGGUUGGUCUAGGUCUGGGAAGAUGCAUUCACCUGCAGAUGGCUGUAUAUUACAGAACGGAAGUCGCGAUCAACGUGCAUUUAUCUACGGAUCUACCUACUCGUGAGGUCUUCAAAAUUGACCGUCUGACUAGUGGGCGAGCCACUAGUCAGACGGUCGAUUUUGAAGACCUGACGAGUACUACCGCCCGCCUGCCUGCCUGCCGUCCACCCCGCGCACGGUCCAGUCUAGUUGCCGCCUAUACCCGGUUGUACCCGGCACUAGCGUACGGCCUAGCCCAGCACCCAAUACCCAACACCCGGCUCCCGGCGCUAAUUGAAUAUAUUCAAUUGAGUUAG